GAAUCAUUAAUAUUUUUUUUCUUCAUAAUUUAUGGAAACAUUUUAUAACUUGAAGCUAUGCAUAAGAAUUAAUUAUUUCAUCAUUAUCUAAAACUUUUCUUAAGCUCAGUAAAAUCAAAAUUUUCAUAUUUGCUUUUAAACCUUUGGGCUACCUUGGUCAACAGCUAUGGAGAAAAUUUAGAAAUUUUACAAAACAAGCUUGGCAAUGCAAUCUUUCUCUUUUGGUUCCAAAAUAAUGGCUUCUCGGACUGUUUAUUGUAUUUGCGGUGAGCCUUAUGAUUCUGUGCGUUUUAUGAUUCAGUGCGAUUCUUGUAAAGAUUGGUAUCACGGAAGUUGUGUUAAUGUUAAAGAACAUGAGUCAUUAGACAUUGAAAAAUAUCAUUGUGUUCAGUGUCAAAGAAUUGCUGGGCCUUCUAUUUAUCGAGAAGUAAAAAAUUAUCAUCGGCAUGAUUAUGGUGACUGUAAUGCAGAUGGAAAGUUUCAGGGUUUGAACAAGGUAAAACAUUUCUUUGGCAUAGAAGCAAAAAUGGCUGUUCAAUCAGGAACUCCAGUCUUUGUUAAAGAACUUCGAUCCAGGCAUUUUAAAAGUGCAGAGGAAGUGAUUAUACGUCUUCGAGGUCCUCAACUUUCGCUUCCUUAUUUAAUACAACAUGGAUUCAGUAAACCUAUUUUGGUGGAUUCAAAAGUUGGCUUAGGAAUACAAAUGCCAUCUGAUACAUUCACUGUUAGUGAUGUUAUGGACUAUGUUGGGCCUAAUUUUCCAUUAGAUGUGAUAGAUGUAGCCAGACAAGAUAAUAUCCGAAUGCCUAUGUCAGAGUGGGUUGAAUAUUUUAAUAAUCCUAUCCGAAGCAAAGUUUAUAAUGUAAUAAGUUUAGAAUUUUCAAAAACAAGAUUAGCAGAAUUGAUAAAACCUCCUACCAUUGUUCAAAAACUCAGUUGGGUAGAAAAUUACUGGCCAAAAAAUUCUGAAACACAUACUCCAUUUUGUCCUCAAGUGAUGAAGUACUGCCUUAUGAGUGCUCAAGACAGUUAUACGGAUUUUCAUAUUGAUUUUGGUGGUACAUCUGUUUGGUAUCAUAUUUUACGAGGAGAAAAGGUAUUUUUUCUUAUACAGCCUACACCUGCCAAUUUAGCAUUGUAUGAACAUUGGAUGGCCUCAUCUAAUCAGAGUGAAACCUUUUUCGGUGAUCAGGUUGAUGUCUGUUACCAAAUGCUUCUAACUCAUGGGCAGACACUCUUUAUACCAACUGGAUGGAUACACGCAGUUUUAACACCUGUAGACUCUCUAGUGUUUGGGGGCAAUUUUUUACACAGCUUGAAUAUACCACUUCAGCUACAUAUUCAUGAGAUGGAGAAACGGAUAAAUACUCCUGAAAAAUACAAGUUCCCAACGUUUGAGACUGUUCAUUGGUUUGCAGCACCACAUAUUUUAGAUCAGUUAAAAGAUAAUAAUGUGAGUAAAAGAGAAUUAACUCAUUUAGUUUCUGGAGCCAAAGCAUUAGUAUCAGUUCUGAAAAUAUGGAGUUCAGAUAGUCAAAAUCAUAAACAUGAUGAUGUCCCUCCUGGAAUAAAUGUUACAAAGCUCAUCAAAGACCUACAAAGGGAAGUUAGAGUAGCUGAGAAAUACUCCAGUAGUAAAAAUCCUCUGGUGGCUACAAGGAAGGCACCUUUGCGCCAAAGACGUAAGGAACCAGUACAACGUGCUGAAAAUGUCAUGAAAAUGGCACCUACAGAAUCUGAAAAGAACCUGGAUCUUGUAUCAAAAUUCUCGCUCACAUCAAAAACAUUGCCAAAUUCUGAUAAUUUUUAUGAUGGCUUAAAUUUUAAUCAAGCUCAAUCAUCUGGAUUGCAAUUCAACUUACAGGAUUCAAAAAUUAUGUUUGACAAAAUGAACAUUGAUCUGAAUUCUCUAAUGGAGGCCUCAUCCAUGAAAGAUGGUUCGAUUAUUAACAGAACUUUAUCUGUUCCUUUUGGAAUAGCAUGCAAAGAAGAUAACUUUUCCUUAAAGAAAGACUCUGUUUACGAUUUUGUUGAUUCCGAUGACGAUAACUUGGUAGUUGAUGAGAAUCCAACCAAUAAUAAAAAAAGAAAAGAGUUUAAGAAAGAUCCAUUUGCUCAAGAUGCUUAUUCAGAUAUGCAAUCCAGUGCACUUCGAUUACGUUUAUCAUUUAAUGGCAAAGGCUUAGAUGCUUUUAAUCCGGGCAGUAUAUUGUCACCUCCACAAGAUGACAGUAAUGCUGAAACUCCUAAAAAUGCAACUAUUGAUGACCUGUUAGUGGCAACUGGUCUUGCAGUAGAUGGUGAAAGCAGUGCUAGCCUGGAUGAUGUUGAACUAAAUGGCGGACAAACACAGCUGGAACCUUCAACUAGAGAUGCCAUUCAAGGAAUGUUGUCAAUGAGUAAAGGGGCAAUUCGAUUUCCUAGUCAAGGUGAUCCCUCGGAGAUGGCAUUACAGGGAUUGCAUCCUCCUCUUAAAACUGAAAAUUAUGGCUCUGAAUCAGUGAUGCCACAUAUGGACAGUUCUCUUGCUAAUUUGUCUAUAUUAGCUAGGAAAUCCAGCCCACCAAUAAGAAAUGCUAAAGUUACUUUAGGUUUAUCAAGGUACAGUAAUAAUUGUGAUGAAGAAGUGGAUGAGUUUGAAGAACAAUUGAAACAGUGCCACCAAGAGGGUGACUACAUUUAUUUGGGCUUAGAAGGUUCUGAUGAUGAAUGUCAUGUAUUUAAGCCUAGAGGUCGAAACAGGCGAGAUGAGCCCUGGAAUCCUAAAGCAAAAUUGGUACCAAACUGUCCAAAACCUGAACGUCCAGUCCGAGAAGGCACUCGAAAAGAAGCUAUUGAAACUGGUUUAGCUGCUGCAGCAGCCAAGCUUGCUACUAUGCCGCCCCAAAAGAGACAAUAUUUAAAGAAAAAACCUGUAAACAGGAACAAAAUUCCAGCUCCAGAUUUACAACCUGGACCUUCUACUUCAGUUUUUAACAACAAUAAUAAGCGACCACUUCCAUCCGAAUCCAUUAAAGUGAAUAAAAGGCCAAAGAAAGGAUUUGCGACUGCAAAGCAGAGACUUGGGAAAAUAUUGAAAAUUCAUAAAAUGUUGUAUUAAAUUAACUGACUAUGCAUUCAUGUAUAUACUUUAUUGGUCAUUUAACUUUUUGUAAAUAAUUUUUCAGCAUGAAUAAAUUCUUACAGACUUAUUGUGAUAAGAGAAUGCUUAAAAGCUAUACUUAUACAUUUGUGGUUGUUCUCUUGCAUAAAGAUAAGUUAUUUCUUUGUAUAAAAUUUCAUUUAUGUACACAAGUAAAAAAUACCAACAAGUUAUAUUAUUCUUUGGUCCAAAAAUAAGGUAUAUGUUUUUGUCAGUACUUACUGAACAUAAAACUGUUUUAAUAUUUUUAAUAAUAUUAAAUGUCUGUUAAAAAAAUACAAGCAGAAAAAAGCGGUUUAUCGUUUUUCAAUCUAAUUGAAUGUAGCUUGUAUGAAAAUUUUUAGUUUGAACUUUGGACUAAUAGCCUUAAGCCUUAAAGUUUACUAGGAAAAACUAUUUUCUUGAUUUUAUAUAAUUCCUUUCUCUUUCUUUAGACUCGAGAUAUUAGUUUUUGAAAACUAAAAUCUUUUCAGUAAUGUGUAUUAUGCUCAAAUGAAUAAUUAUUGUUUACAAAUACUACAAUUAGAAUUAAUAGAGGCCUAAAACAAAAUUUAAUUUAAUUAUUUUUCUUUGGCAUAUAUAGGCAUCUGUAAUAUUGUUGAUCUCAUUUGUACUUUAUUUUUUUCUCCUUUUGUUCUGUGAUAUUUUAUUCUCAGUUAAAAAAAUGUAAUCAAUACUAUAAGAACUAUGCAUAUUAAACUUUAAAGUUGCAUGCUAUUAUUAAGACUAAAAUUAAUAUUUCUAUAACUAACCCCAAGUUUGAUUUUAGGUACAUAAAAAUAUUUUAGGAUAAAAUUGUAAUAAAAUAUGUUAAUUGUAUUUUGCAUGUUUUGAAUUUUGAAUAGCUCUCCUAUGUUUAUUAUGCCUUUAUUUUUACCAUUUCGCAACGCCUUUAUUUAUGGUCAAGUAACAUGUUUGAAUAUUUUUCAUAGAAAGGUAUGUUGGCUUGGUUACUGCUUUAUGCAUACUAGUUUAAAAAAAAGAAAUAAGUAAAAAACAUAAAUUCGAAGAAUUUCACUAGUGCUAUAAUAUUUUUUUGCAACAAGUUAACUUAUUCUCUGGUAAGUUGAUUUCCUGAAAGAAAUUAUUUUUGAAAAAAUAUUAUUUUAUACCUUUUAUAAUGCUAGAUAUAAUUUUUACUCUUGUUGGUUCAAUAAUUUUAUCAUUUCUAUUAAAUUCAACUUAAAUUGUUACUUUAAAUGUGUCAAAUUUACCAACUUUAGAAAGAAAGGUAAAGGAAUGGAAUUAUUAAUUUAGAAUUAUUUUUUUUAAAAAAAAUAUCAAUCAAAAGCAAACAAUUACUUAUAAGAUAAGUAAAAUUUGUUGCUCUUAAAGUAUAUAAGUAUUUGUUACAGAAAUGGCUAAAAGAGAGAAAAUAAAUCUAGAGUAAUUAAGCUUCCAAUUCUUCUAUAAUAGGAUCCAUCAAACAAUCAUCUCAUACAGUUAAGAUGGUAAAACAAAACUUAACAUAUUAGCCAAAUUGUUAGGAUAGGAAUGACUUUACCCACAAGUGACAAAUUCUAAGAGCACCACAAAAAAUUUUAUUAUCUAUUUAUUAUUUUUAUGUAGGUGGAGAGUUUUUAUAUUUGUUUUGUUACAAUUUUGUGUCUUUUGCAACAUGCCGAUUGCUUGCUUAUUCAUAAUAAGAAAUUUUAAUGUUUUCAAGCAAUAAAUUUGUGAUACUUCUCACUUUUGUUUUUAUCAUAUUUCUGCAACUAAUCUUAUUUGCCUAUAGCUUGAUAUGUCUUUUAAACAGCAAAUUUGAUAUUUUUAGUAACUCAUUUGUAGACAGAAUUGAACUUAUAUUUUCUUCCUUUUGCCUGUAUGGUUUAGCAAAUUGUUAAUUUUAAACAACAGUCUAUAAGCUUUUCACUUAUAAAUAAUGUUAUUAUUUUGAUCCUUGCCCUCAUUUAUUUCCAAAUUAUUUCUGUGCAAUAAAAAUUAUUUGAGUAAUCACCAUGUGUGGGAAACAUUCUAUAUAAAUAGCACAUGUAAUACUUUUGAAACUUGUUGGUAUUUUGAAAAAAAACUGUGAUAUGAACUUUUUACUAUGCAAUGAUUUCAUUGAAUAAGCACAAAGCGACUGCAAUGAAUUUGUAAUGUUUUAUGCAAAACAUGCUGUACAUAUUUCUCACUGUAAAUGGCAUUACACUUUGUAAAUAAUAUUAUCUAGCUUGCACCCUCUCUGUAAUAUUAUAAUUUUAUGAAUUUCUGAUAUGCUUUAACUUUUUGUUUUAUUCAUGCUAACAAUGUAAAUACUUAUAGCACCUUCUGUUUUGCAUUGUAAUUAUUACUCAUUAUCCCAAUGCUCCUCAAUAUGGAAAACUAUUUUCACAACAUAUAUUUUGAUAUUUUUAACAAAAGAAAACUGUUGAAAAUGUGCUCAUGUGAUUAUCCCGCCAAUUACUUGUAAAAUAUUGACUUAAAAAGAAUUUUUAAUUGAGACCAUACCAUCUUUACAAGCAUGUUUAAAUAGAUAUUGAAAAUAAAAUAUUAAUUUAGGUGAGUA